UGAAAGAGGUGCGGGUAACGCGAAUGUAAUAAUUGUUUGUUACUCAAAAAAAUAAUAAAAAUAAGUAUCAACACAAUGAAAUCAUAUUUAGUGUUUGUUGCCUUUUUGGCCUGGGCUUCAGCCCUUCCACUGGAUAUCUUUGAGGAUGAUGAUGGACAACAGUUUUACUUGGUGCCAAUGCAAAGACAAAAAAGAGACACCACCUGGGACGUGGCAAAAGGUCCUGGAGGUACCAACGUGCAAUUAGGACAAGAAGGAACGAUUUGGGCAAAAGGUAAUCACGAGAUCAUUGGUGGUGGACACGCCAGUAAAAAUUUCAACCCCAACGGACCAUUGGUAGGUGGAGGAUCCAUUGGAUACCAUCACAUACCAACCGAUACGAAUAUUAAAGCUUCAGCCACUCAUAUCCCCAACUGGGGCACGCAAGCCGACAUUAAGGCUUCCCGUACCCUUUGGGCUCCCGAUAGAAAUACCAAAUUGGAGGCGUUUGGGGGAGCCAGUCAAAGUUUCACCAAGUGGGGAAAUACGAGACCUGAGGCCAAUGUUGGACUGCAAUUCACUCAUGGACACAACAUGUUCGGGGGUUAAUUAAAAAAUAAUAUUUUUUAUGUAAAACUAUUUUUUUAAAUAAAAUGUAUAUGAUUGAAGUGAA